GAUUGCAAUGAGACAUGAGAUAGAUUUUCAUGAUUCUGGAAUGUAUUAUGCCGAAGGUGAUACUUCCGAUUUUGAUAUUGACUCGGAUCUAGAGCCCAACCAGAAACUCGAGCUUUUAUAA